CGCAAGGGGGGGGGGUCUCUAGGGUGACAGGAAGGUGGAGCCGGUAGUGGCCGGUGAGGGAGGCUAUGGAGGAGCGAAGAGCCGCGGCUGGGACGGAGGCCACCGCAUCCUCUCUUGAAUGAAGGGAAGUCGCGGUCGCCGAGGGAAGCGGCUGUCCCUCGGCUUGAGCCGCGUCGCCUCCACGUCCGCUCGCCUCCGCGCUGGACAAGGUGAAGUCUUUCAUCAUGGCAAUUACACAGUUCCGUCUAUUUAAAAUUUGUACAUGCUUGGCAGCAGUACUAUCUUUUUUUAAAAGAUUGAUUUGCAGGACUGGAAGAGGACGAAAGCUUAGUGGAGACCAAAUAACUUUGCCAACUACUGUGGAUUUUUCAUCUGUUCCGAAACAACCAGAAGUAGAAGAUUGGUCUUCAUGGGAUGAAGAUGCCCCUACAAGUGUGAAAAUUGAAGGUGGCAACGGCAGUGUAGCCAAUCAACAAAAUGGAUUGGAAGAAAUGGAGCCUGAUUACUUUAAGGACAUGACACCAACAAUAAGGAAAACACAGAAAAUCAUUGUUAAAAAACGUGAACCUUUAAAUUUUGGCAACCAAGAUGGUAGUGCCGGAUUUUCAAGUAGAUUAGCAGCUACACCAGAUGUUCCUUUUAUUCAUCAAUCUCCAGAACUAGGAGACUUGGAGACAUGGCAGGAAAACAAAAAUGCUUGGGAAGAAGAGGAAGAUGCUUCCUGGCAAGCAGAAGAGGUUCUGAGGCAGCAGAAAAUGGCAGAAAGAGAAAAACGGGCAGCUGAGCAACAAAGGAAAAAAAUGGAGAAAGAAGUACAGCGGUUAAUGAAAAAAGAACAGAACAAAAUUGGUGUGAAGUUGUCUUAAUGCCACUUGUUAUGCCUGCAAAGGGAAAGAAUUCAGUUUCCACAGCAUUGCAUCAUUUUCUAAUGAUCUCAGUAUUUAAUAGAACUAAAGUUUUCUGUUUCAUUUUUGAAGUCAUCCAGGAAAAACAGUUCAUAAUUCCUUAGUGUAUCUUCAGCUGGACGGUUGAAAUGACAGAAGCCUCAUUGCACUCAAUUCCUCUAGGACAGGACGGGGUUUUGUGCUGAAGCUGGAUUGCAUUGCAUUCCUUGCAAAGAGAUACUGCUAUGUAAAUUCUUCAGCUGCCUGUUUUGAAGCUAAAUUAAAAAAAAAAGGUGUAAAUAAUUGAAUGAUGGCAAUCUAUUCUAUUGUCUAUUACGCUUAUUACUGAAAAGACUAAUUAAAUGAUUUUAAACAAA